CCCAGUGUUCCCAGACCCAAACCCAUUCUCUUUUCCUUUCCCAAACUCUAAACGGCUGAGACCUGAAAUUGAGAGAAACCCGUUCAGCCCUUGUCAUCCUCACCGUGCUCGCAGUCUCGCUCUCGCACCACCCGACCACAGCCAGCACCACCUCCACCGAACGGUGCGACGUCGUCAGCUAUUGCUACUCAGAGUCCUCGUCUCGGUGGCCCCUGAGUAUCUUGGGUCGUCGCCUCCUAUCCUGUGCAGCUAUGUGUCCGUCGUUGUCCUCUUUUUGCCGGUUCAGUCGUCCAAUCAUCCCUGUCGUCGUCGUCAGCGUCGUGCUCCUUCUCCGGUCACCCUCUUCUCUGCUGGCGGUGCAUCAGCCAUAAGAUUAGGAAUUUAGGAUGGUUUCAUCAAAUAUACUAACAGAAACACCAACUUCCUAGGAACAAGGAUCAACUCCUGAUGGAAUAAUUAGAACCCAAAAAAAUAGCAAUAGAGAAAAAACUUAUCCUGCAUGGGGCCAUUGUAAACAAGUUGUGAAUAAAGGAAAAACUGUUCUGUUAUGUAUUUAUUGUGAGAAGCUUAUUAGGGGUGGAGGAAUUAACCGGGUUAAGUAUCAUUUGGCUGGAAAAGGUAGAAAUAUUGAGGCAUGUCGAAAGGUGCCAGCUGUAGUGAGACACCAAUUCAAUCAAAAGAUUGAAGAUCUUGGAACCAAGAAAAGGAAAACUCAAGAAGAAUAUGCAGAAAGUUAUAAUUCUUGUGAUGAAAUUGAAAGAGAAUUUGAUGAGAUUGAACGUAAUGAGAUGUGACAACAACAAAAAUCAAGGCUUCCAGCACCUGUCUCUAGAAAAUGAAAACAACUCAAGGGAUUACAAUCUUUUUUUUUCCAUCGGCAGCAACACCUGGAGCUCAACCAACUAUCAAAAGUGUUCUCCAAAGCAAAGAAAUUGUGGAGAAGUGUGAUAUUGCUAUUGCGAGACGGAUGAUGGAUGCCUCUGUGCUAUUUAAUGCGAUUAAUUCAGUUUAUUAUUAGACAAUGAUUGAUGCUAUUGCAAACAUAGGUGCAGGGUAUAAAGGGCCAAAUUAUGGAAGAGUUCGUGGAUAUUUGUUGAGUAAAUUGGUUGAAGAUGUAAAGAAAAUGAUUGAAGAUUAUCAUGAUAUUUGGAAACAAACUGGAUAUACUAUCAUGGUCGAUGGAUGGAUUGAUCGUUGUAGGCAUACUUUAAUUAAUUUAUUGGUUUAUUACCCUAAAGGAACUGCUUUUCUAAAGUCAUUUGAUGCUUCUCAUGUCUUGAAAAUUGCUGAUGCUUUGUUUAAGUUGCUUAGUGAUGUUGUAUUAUUUGUUGGUCCUGAGAAUGUUGUACAUGUAGUGACGGAUAAUGUUGCAAAUUACGUUGCUAUUGGAAGGUUGUUGGAAUCAGAGUUUCCUAGAUUGUAUUGGUCUCUUUAUGCAGUACACUGUGUUAAUUUGAUGUUUCAGGAUAUUGGAAAGUUAGAGGAAGUGAGUGAAACUAUAUCACAAGUUUCAAUGAUUACGAGGUAUAUCUAUAAUCAUUGCCAUCCUUUGUACUUGAUGAGAAAGUUCACAGGGCAGACGAGAAAUACUUCGUCCAGCUCCAACUUGGUUUGCCACUAAUUUCAUUGCUUUGCAAAGUAUUUUAGCUCAAAAGGAUGCAUUGAGAGCAAUGGUGACAUCUAGAGAAUGGACGAGCUCAGCUUACUCUAAAGAAGCCAAAGCUAAAAAGUUUGUGGAUCAAGUCUUAGAUUCUAAAUUUUGGAAUCAAUGCACUGAUAUUGUUAAGCUUACUCAGCAACAUGUUCGUGUAUUGCGUAUUGUGGAUAGUGAAAAUAGAGCUGCAAUAGAUUUUCUUUAUCAAGCCAUUUAUAAGGUUAGGAAAGAUAUGGUGAAGAGGUUUCAAAAAAGAAAGACGGUUGUUGAUCCUUAUUUGAAGAUUUUAGCUACACAUUGGGAUUCAGAACUUCGAAAAAACCUUCAUGCUGCUGGUUAUUGGUUAAAUCCAUCUUUUCGAUUUAAUACUGGAGAAUUUGAAAAGAACAAGCAAACAACUUCUGGCCUACUAGAUGUUAUUGAGAGAUAUACUUACGGUGAUGCAUAUUUGAGUUCUAAAUUGACAAGUGAGAUGAGAAUAUUUAACAAUGCUGAACAAUACUUUGGAAGACAAUCUACAAUACGUGAGCGAAGCACAGUGAUGUCUGGUAAAUUUUUUAUUAAAAUUAGUCUUUUAUGAUUCUGAUAUAUUUAUGAUUUGAUUUUUAUGAUUGUAAUAUAUUAUUUCCUUUUUAUGUUAAGAUCAAUAGUGAAAAUCUUAUGGAUGUGGAGUAUUAAACUUGCAAAAGUUAGUUAUUCGUGUUUUGAGUAAAAGUUGUAGUUCUUCAGGUUGUGAGCGUAACUGGAGCAUUUUUAAACACAUUCACUCAAAGAAAAAGAA